CAAUACGAUAGUCGGUAGACUCGUUUGAGAGACCGAUGAGAACUUAGAACGGUGCGAACUUCCAAACGCUGGACAUGGAGGCAGUCAUACUCGAGAGCACCAUCGGGCAUUCUGCGGGUGCGAAGCGCGACGACAGUGCGAGAGAAAGUGACGCGCUGAAGAACAAAGAAAAACUCUGUUACAGCAAUGGGAACGGUACGGCGGACGCGACGUUCAGGAUGUUGCCGCAGAAGACCCCCAUCGACAUGCAGUUCGAAAAUGUCACCUUUACCGCCACCGAGGGAGGGUUGUUUAGGAAAAAGAAGGAGAAGGAAAUUCUACACAAAGUCAACGGGAAGUUCCCCCCUGGCCAGCUGAUCGCCAUCAUGGGUCCCUCUGGCGCUGGUAAGAGCACACUUCUGGACGUCCUUAGCGGGUACAGAAUACGUGGUAUAGGUGGGACGGUUUACAUAAACGGGAUGCCUCGGAACAUGAAGGAGUUCAGGAAAAUGUCUUGCUAUAUCACGCAAGACGAUAGGUUGCAACCCUUGCUGACUGUGGAUGAGAAUAUGCACAUAGCUGCUGAUUUGAAACUGUCAUCGGAUGUGACACAAAGGGAGAAGGAUGAAAUUAUCGACGAGAUUUUGAACACGUUAGGACUGUACAAAUCGAAGCAUACUAAAGCUGCCGGGCUAUCAGGCGGACAAAAGAAAAGGAUGUCUAUCGCCUUGGAACUAAUUAGCAAUCCUUUGGUGAUGUUCUUGGACGAACCCACAACUGGUCUGGACAGUUCGUCGUGCACGACUUGCGUAAAACUUUUGAAGGAACUUGCACGACAAGGCAGGUCAAUCAUCUGUACCAUCCACCAGCCGUCAGCGUCAUUAUUCCAACUCUUCGACCAGGUCUACGUGUUGGCCGCUGGAAACUGCCUCUACCAGGGCAGCACGGCGAAGCUAUUGCCAUUCUUAACAGACGUAGGAUUUCCCUGCCCGAAAUUUCACAACCCAGCCGACUACGUGAUCGAAUUAGCAUGUGGAGAAUAUGGCAAUGACAAAAUUGAAGAAAUGAUAAAAGCUACGGGUAAUGGAAGGUCACUUACAUAUUUUAAUGAGUCCGAUAACCUCCAGAACGUAAAGUUUUUCAAAGGUGAAAGCGAUACACACAGUAGUGAAGAGGCUUUGUUAGCUACCUCACAAUAUAACCAACUUAAGGUUUUGUUGAGAAGAGGUUUCAUUAAAUCUGGACGUGACCAGACUUUGACCUACUUGAGAAUUGGUGUCAAUAUCUCAGUAGGAUUGAUGUUGGGAACGCUCUAUUUUAGAGCGGGAAUAGACGGCUCAAAAGUUUUGGACAAUUACAAUUUACUGUUUUCCAUACUAAUGCACCAUAUGAUGUCUACAAUGAUGCUAACAAUUCUGACUUUCCCAACUGAAAUGUCAAUUUUGAUCAAAGAACAUUUCAACAGGUGGUACUCCUUGAAGAUGUAUUAUGCGUCUGUAACUAUUGUGGAUAUUCCUAUUUCGGUACUCUGCUGCUUCUUGUUUUCCAUCAUCAUCUACUUCAUGACGGCCCAACCGCCUGAAAUGAUACGAUUCGCCAUGUUCUUUGUAACCAGCAUGCUGGUAGUCUUCGUCGCCCAAAGUGUCGGCUUGAUGAUAGGCGCAUAUUUCGACGUGGUGAACGGCACAUUCCUGGGUCCCACCUUAUCGGUGCCCAUGAUGAUGUUCGCCGGCUUCGGAGUAUCCUUACGCGAUCUACCUCACUACUUGUACUGGGGCAGCUACAUAUCGUACCUCAGGUUCGGCCUGGAGGGGAUAGUAGGGGCCGUAUACGGGCUUAACAGGCCCAAGCUGGAGUGCCCUGAAGACGUCAUGUACUGUCACUACUUGGACCCCAAACAGUUCCUUGAUAUUGUGGCAGUGAGAGGGGACCAGUUCAGUAACGACGUGAUAGCCCUGCUUCUGUUUCUGUUCGUUUUGAGGAUAAGCGCCUACGUAAUUCUUAGGUAUAAAUUAAUGGCCGUACGCUAGGGAUAUUUACGUAAAAACAUGGUAUUGUGCUAAGCAGUUCCAUGGGCGUAUCAUUUUAAGGGUUUCAAGGUCGUUAAAUACAAAACAACGAAUAGAUAUGCCGAUUUUGGUAAAAACUAGAGUACAAGUAUCUAUUUUCUUUGUCUUAAAUAUCAAUGCAAAGUGUAUUAGUUCUAUUAAUACAUAUAAACAGUUACACCAACUACAAUUUGACGAAAUAAAUAAAGUAGAAAUCCCUCAGAAUUCACUUUUUAUUAGAUCUUUCUUAUUAAUGUGUCUAAUAUAAUAAUUAACUUACAUUAUAGUUAUAACGUACAUCCAUAGGGAUGAAUAUUGUGAAAAUACUUGUACAUUUGUAUAUUCUAUUUUAUUCUUGGCUGUGUGAAUGUCUGUAACAUUUUAUUUAAUAUUUAUUUUUUUAACGGCGGUAAAUGUUCUUCAUAUUAUAGCUAUGUGUCUUGGGGACCAUAGAUCUAAAUAUUUAUCUGCUCAAUUAGAUAAACGGAAAUUAUAUGUAUUUUAUAUUUUUUUAUAAGAAUUUAAUUGUAAAGUUGGAUCGUAGAUGAUAGUCACUGUUAAAUUAGUUUAGCCUAAUUUUUAUCUGAUAAAAAUCAAUGCAAAAUAACAGGAGCGACUGAUACAAUGUAGAUAAUUUUAAUUUACAAAUAUGCAAGGAAUAAAUACAUUUUAUAGUUAUAAA